AUGGCCCUACAGCGCAUCCACAAGGAGCUCCUCAACUUGACCCACGACCCCCCCGCCCACUGCUCUGCAGGGCCGGUGGGUGACGAUUUGUUCCAAUGGAAGGCGACUAUAAUGGGGCCCGAAGACAGCCCCUACGAGGGAGGGGUCUUCUUCCUAAAAAUCCAGUUUCCGUUCGAUUACCCCUUCAGACCACCCCAGAUCGCAUUCACCACCCCAAUUUACCAUCCUAAUAUUAAUCAAAACGGAAGUAUCUGUCUAGACAUCCUUGGAUCCGAGUGGUCACCGGUACUGACCAUUUCCAAAGUGCUGUUAUCCAUCUGUUCCUUGUUGUGCGAUCCCAACCCAAAUGAUCCAUUGGUUCCCGAAAUUGCGAAGGUCUACUUAAAGGAUCGGCAGAAGUACGACACAAUAGCUCAGCAAUGGACUCAAAGAUAUGCUAUGUAA